AUGGUCUUAGACAACACUGUUAUUGACGAGAUCAGUCCCAAGCGGAUUGGAGAUUGUCCCAAUACUUACACCUAUAGCAAGGCCUUGAGAGAAGUGGCGGUGCAGCAGGAGAGCAGGAAGCUAACCAUCACCAUCCUAAGGCCCUCCAUUGUGGGAGCAACGUGGCAUGAGCUUUUCCCGCGUUGGGUUGAUAAUCUAAAUGGAUGUAGCCGACUCAUUAUUGCGGCUGGGAAAGGGUUUCUUCUGGCCAUAAAAGCUACUCCAAUGGCUGUGGGAGACUUACUUCCAAUUCCAGUUGAUACAGCCAUCCGUCUCCCACUAGCUGUAGGAUGGUGUACUGCAGUUCACAGACCUAAGUCAAUGUUAGUCUACCACUGUACAUCUGGUAACCUCAAUCCCUGCAAUUGGGGCAAAAUGAGAUUCCAGGUCUUGGCAACCUUUGAAAUUCCAAUUCCAUUUGAGAGAGCUUUGAGGAGGCCGUAUGCUGAUUUCACCACCAGCAACUUCACAACCCAGUACUGGAAUGCCAUCAGCCACCAGGCCGCUGCCAUCAUCUAUAACUUCUAUCUGUGGCUCACUGGAAGGAAACCCAGACUGUUCUAAAAUCAGAAAGGAAAUUCUCCUCCAUGAGCAUGUGUAUGUUUUUGGCUGUUGGAACUUGAGAUGGUACAAUUUUUCACAAAAUCUGAGGAGCUGCUAUGGAAAGCACACCAGAUCUCGUGUUGAAAUGUGAACGUGCCCACCACAGACCAAGGACUUUCAACCUGUCAACCCCCAGGAUUUCCAAGCCAGGAGUUUCAUCUCUUACUUACGGAAAAUUUGUCCAUUUAAUUAUGAACCAAUCAGCUUUUCAUUGUGUCAAAAUCAAAUCUAGAUAGUGAAAUUGAUAUUUUAUCUUUAUUAUCUUAAAUAUAUCUUGGCUUAAAGAGACAUAAGUGGCUCUUCCCCACUAUACCAGAUAAUGAGUUGCAAAUAAAUCAUUCAGUAGUAAAGUUCGAAGAAAGCCUGAAAGCAUUUUGAAUUUCCUAGUGUCUUACAGAUUUGUUUCUUUUUACAACAACCAUGUCCCAUGUAUAUCCGUUUAGGACCUUAAGUUGUUAAUAAUCUACUCUGAAUAAUUCCUUAAGAAAACAUUAAAAGGACAAUGUCUAUACCUGGGAAAUAAAACCCAAAGUAGUAGAAAUUAUAUUAAAAAUCAUGUAGUUAAUUAAGAAUGAGUGUGAGCUUAGACACUGAAAAAUGUGUCACUGAAAGAAUACCAAAAAUGGUCAGCCUUUUCCUGUUAAGUUAUAGUAAGGUAUAUAGUAUAAGUACUUAGUACGUAAGAGAAGAAUUAGAAUGAGAUUGUACCAGGUUCAGAAUUCCUCAUCCGAGAAGAUCAGACAAAAUUCAAGCUUUUUAGAGAGGGGCUACCCUGAAUGAUGUCACCAGUAAGUGGGUUUAUAAACAAAGACAGAGCUUGGCAGGUUGCACUGGAUACUUCAAACCAGUUUCUCUGGAAAAAUGUGAGUUGCUCAAUAAACCCUCAGUUUUCCUGAGGUAAAUCAACUUUGAAAUACAAAGGAGAACUCUGGGUGAUAAAUCACGCCAGGUUACACGCUGGGACUGCAGUUCACAGAACAUGAUUAGAUUUAAGACAAUAGAAGAUAGGAACAUUUUUUGAACUAGUUUAUUGAAUCCUUUUGAGAAUAUCACUGUUUGGCAGUUCCUAGAAAGCUUAGACAAAUUAAUCUUCAAGAGGCAAACUAACUUUGAACUAAAUAAAAUAAAAACAAACAACCAAAAACUUUGAAUUAGAAAACAGCUGCAAAGAAAAGCCCAACAAUCUGACAUGUUGAUUAUUAUUUUGUUAACAUUACAGGAAUACAAAGAUGAUUUUACUGUUCAGACCUUUACACAUCACACAACAGAA